CGCAUACAGUGCGGCGCGCUUGCUCCGAGAGGACUGGAGCCCAUGGAGCCCCCGGCUUUGCCCCGAACUGGCCUCCACACCAUCCGAGCCGCCCCGGGCAGCGUCGCCGAACUCGCCCUCCCGCUGCCCACGGGAACACCGCCCUUCACGUACGAAUGGAGUCGUGCGGGAGCGACACUAGACAACCGUUUCAAAACAUCAGUGGACGCGGGCGGCGUGCGCCUGACCGUAUCCGCUGCUCGCACGGGUGACAGCGGCGUGUACACCCUACAAGCAAGCAAUGCUGCUGGAAAGGACUCGACCCGGGUCACAUUGGAGGUAUCCCCGGAUGAAAUGCCGACGGGAGACGACCCGCCGACCUUCUUGCGGCGGCUACAGGACUUGACGGUGAAGGUUGGGACUAGAACGAGGUUCCUUGUUGAGAUCGUCAGCUCGACUGAGUGUAAGGUAACAUGGUACCGCAACGAGAGGCGCUUGUUGGAAGCGGAGCGGAUCGCUUUGGUUCGCGACGGUAAUUUCUGGUGCGCCGAUGUGGCGACUGUAAGCGCUGAUGAUGCUGGCCGGUGGACCUGCACUGCGGAGAACCUUGGUGGACGAGCCAGUUGCUCAGCGCAUCUGAACGUCUUAGUCCCUAAAGCUUACAAACGUCCAGAGUUCGUAGAAGAACUUCGCGCCAUCCUGACGGAGCAGGGAACAGUGUCGCUGGAGUGCAAAGUCGUGGGGGUUCCAACACCUGUGCUCAGGUGGUUUAAGGACAGCUGUGAAAUAAAAGCAGGUGAUGUGUUUGCGCUAACAGCAAACGCUGAGGAUCCCACAUCUCUCGGCACGUACACCUGCGAGGCGGUCAACUGCAUGGGAAGGGCGUAUUCUUCCUCCAAAGUGCAUGUUAUUGGUCGCGCUAAGGAGGGAGCUAGUCCGAGUUCAGGCGGUGUCACACCAGACCCUCCACCGAUCUUCACUAAGGAACUGGAAGACCAGUUUGUGAGGAUCUGCGACCCGUUAAAUCUGAGCUGUCAUAUUGUAGUCCCACCUUGGCCGAGAAGCGUGGUGUGGUACAAUAAAGAAGGGAAAAUUGAAGGCAGUAUGAAGUACCACAUCCAAGAAGAUGGUGUGGGUGGAUAUCUCCUGGAAGUGUCCGGGGCAGAAUGGGCAGAUGAAGGCGAGUGGAAGUGCGUGGCCACGAGCGCUGGGGGCAGAGUGGGCAUUUCCACCUGCAACGUCACUAUGGACGUGCCUAAGAAUUACAGGAAGCCACGUUUUAUGGAAAACCUUCAAGCUGUAUUAACAGAGGAGGGUCUAGUUUCAUUCGAAUGCAAAGUUGUCGGCUUUCCUACACCAGUACUGAGUUGGUUUAAAGAUGGGCAAGAGUUGAAACCAGGAGACGUGUACCAACUAACGGGAACUAACUCUUUGGGAUCUUACUGUUGUAUAGCAAAGAACUGUAUGGGCCAAGCUAGCAGUUCAGCGGAACUUACCGUCGAAGAUAUACAAAAUCAAUUAAACGAAGAAGAGAAACUGCAAUUGUUUUCGAAGAACCAAGCACCUAAAUUCUUACAAGGUUUAAAGAGUGUCGAAGUGAAAAUAGAUGAGCCAUUCCGCUUUACAAUCAAAGUUGCCAUUCCACCUGAACCUACAGUAUUAUGGUAUCGAGACGAUCAACCUGUGGACGAAUCGCCUCGUUGCCAUCUCGGUACAGAAGACCGAGGUGUAUUUUAUUUAGAUAUAAAAAAUUUAGAACUAAUGGACCAAACCGAGUGGAAAUGUGUUGCCAUGAACGAUUUUGGACAUAGCGUGACGUCGUGCUUCUUAAAAUUGAUUAUACCGAGGCAUUUUAAGAAGCCACGGUUUCUAGAAAAUCUCCAAGCUAUUUUAUCGGAUGAGGGGGCUGUUAAUUUAGAAUGUAAAGUGAUCGGUGUCCCGCAACCUGUGUUGAAGUGGUAUAAGGACGGAGAAGAGCUUAAGCCAGGGGACAUACAUAGAAUAAUAUCCGGACAAGAUGGCACAUGUUGUCUAGGCACUUACACUUGCGAAGCUCAAAAUUGUAUGGGAAUUGCUGCCAGUUCUGCAUCCCUUCUAGGUUUUGAAGAUACUGUUAAAGCGAAAAAUAAAAAAAAAGUGGAAGAACAAACGUUACAGCGAAAUCUAUCUCUAAGUACAAUACACGAAGAAAGAACUUCGCAAAUGUAUGAUACACCUGUAGGCGAUAUCACGUUGGAUGAUAAAGGAGAAAUAUCAUUUUCAUUUGAUGGUAAAGAAGUAUCAGUUUCACUAUAUGAAACGCCUGAUUUAACCGAGGAAGAAGCAUUGCAAAUAGUUGAAAUGUAUGCAGACCAGCUUUCGGAAAAUGUUACAGAACAUAACGUUGUAGAACUUCCUCCUUUACGAUUUGUUAAAGAAACUUCAACUUCUGGUAAUCUUUUAAUGGAGGCCAUUAUUAUUGACGUCUCACCUGACUAUUUUGUGAAUCCAGAAGAAGAUUUGAGGACUGACGCAGACAUAGAAGAUAUAUCUAUAGCCGAAGAAAACGGUCAUGCACAUUUAUCAUUUGACCAAGAUGUGGGAGAAGAUUAUUUAGAAAAAACAAUGGCGAUGCUAUCAGAAGAAAAGUCUGAUAUACCUGUUAGAAUACCAAGACGAAAGUCUGAUUCACAGAAAAGCGCAGAUGAUUAUUUCAGUUUGUCCAAAGAUCCGUCAUUAUCCGAAGAAAAAAAAGAUGAUGACACCCAGAUGUUAUCAGAAAGUGCAAGUUUCGCCAGUGCACGAAGCGCUGAAAAGAUAAAUUCUCCUAAACCAUCACAAGAUGAUGAAAUUGUUACCCAAGAAUCUUCUGAUGUAACAAAAACAGUAAUGCUUAGAGAAGAACAUCGAAAUAAUGUACCUACAGAAGAUAUACCCGAACUCAAAGUUUCCAUUGAAUGUGGUCAAAACUUAACGACGGAUGGAGUACCAGAGUCAGAAAACCUUAUACCAAUGAAGAUGGGCGCACAACAUCUUGAAAAGUUAAAUCAAAAUGUAACACAAAUGAGUGCAAUAUUGUCAAGAAUAAUGAACAAUAUACAAGUAACAGAAAGGGAUAUAAUUCUUAAAUCACAGCUCAUGUCUACAGCAGCUAUAGCAUCUAAAAGUCUGGAAAUUAUUAAUAGUUUAAUAACACCUUUGAAUGAAAUUCAUAGUAUAACGGAUGCUAUAAAGGAAUCAAUUUUAGAAUCAGCUGAAAUAAAUAAUAAUUUAUUUAUAAAGCUUCCCGAUUGUUUAAAAGAAUUCCAAAAAUCAUUAACAAUGGUUGAAAAAUGCGUUGAUGUGGGAAGUGAUAAGACAUUUAUAAAGAACACCUGUAUAUCGGUGAUUAAAAAAUGUGAUGAAGACAUUACUAAUUUUACUUCGAAAAUUAAAGCCGUGGUUGAGGAAGAUUUAACAUUUAUGGGCGAUGAAUUUGUUUCAGACAUUUCUUCAUCGACAAAUGAUAUCCUGAAUGUAAUUAAAAUUGCUAGGUCUACAAUUGCCUCAAAAUCAAUUUUCGAUGAAGCUCCUAUAAAAGACGAGAUGUCAGUAGAUAUUCAACAUUUAAAUGAUACACAAAAAGCGAUAUAUGAUUUAAAAAUACCACUAAACUCGUUAUUAAAUAUUGUUGAAAAUGCUUUAAAAAGCAUUGUCAUUAAUUCUAUAGAUAUAAACGAUGCCGAAGUUAUAUUGAUUAAUAUGUCGGCAUCUAUUCAAGACUUACAAACUGCUUUGGAGCAUAUUGAACUUCUUUCGGUCGAGGAAUCAAACUCUACAUUACAGAAGUAUAAUACAAAUAUAAUUGAAACCGUUAUGGGUUCUGUUUUGAAAUUGCGAACGUCAUUUGAAAGCUUGUCAAUGGAAAAAGAAAAGAGAGAUGAUAGAGAAGAGCUUAAAAAUGAUUUGCAAUUGAUAAAAGUAAAUCUUAAUGAAAUUUCUGCUCAUGUUGAUCAGAUCGAAAACAAGAUUGGCACUUUUGAUGUAUUACAUGGUGAUAAUAAAUUAGAAGUACUACAAAAAAUGGCGCACAUACUUAUAUCAUUAGAAAAUAGUUUACCCACAUUAUAUUUACUACCUCAUGUCCAAAAUACAAUGACUUUAUUUCACAAAUACUUAACAAAGGCGUUAGAAAAUGUUAUCGAAAGUAAUGAAACCGCCAAGUACUUGACAUUAGUAAGAAUCUGUGAUGCUGUUAAUAGAAUCAAUGCGUCUAUUAAAAAUAUUGAAUCAAGUAAAUUAUUAUCAUUAGCUAGUAUUGGCAAUAACUUUUGUAUUAUAGAGGACAUAGUAAAAAAUAAUGACUUGCGUCCAGAUUUAAAUAAUGAAAUAAUACUUAUUGUAAAUCAAUAUUUCAAUGAUAUCCAAAAUAUAAUAACAUAUACUGAGGAUGAGAAUGUCAAAAUAGAUUUUGAAAGUGCCAAAGAUAUAUCUAAUAAUUCAAGCUACGGAGAAUCAAAAGCAGUUAUUGUUAUGCAUCAAAUAGAACAGGCCAUAGCUGUGAUACAAAAAAUAAUUCCAGAAGAAGCUACGUCUAAUAUAAAUACUAUUUAUCCUACACUAGAAAGUAUUUGUCCUAUAUUAGAAGAUCUAAAGUAUAGUAUCGCAUCUUUUAAAGAAAACGAACAGGAACAUAAUUCGCAUUUAUCAGAUAUGUCAGAACAUGAAAUAGUAGAAAUGUUUGGUAAGCCAUUACAAGAUCUCCGUGAGAACAUUACAAUAUUGCACACGUUACUUUUAGAAUCUGCCGAAGAUUCAAAAACAAAGAACGAAAUAAUGGCCAUGGUUGCUGAACCAUUACAUGAAUUGCAUAAUACCUUACAGAUAAUGCAAGAGAAUGUUAUUUCACAAUAUGAAAGCCUAUCAUCUUUGCAUGCAAAUAUUGAUGUUGCAUCAACUGCGCAGAUUCUUGAAAAUUGCUUUUUAAUUGUCCAAGAGCAACAUGAUUUAGAACCUGUUGAAGAAAUUUCAACAUUAGAAGAUAUAUCUGGCAUUAAAACAACAGCUGAAUCAAUUUUAUCUGAUCACUUAAUACAACCAACAGAAAAUAAGGUAAAUGUAGAACUAGCUUUAGAAACACCCACUCCGAAAUCAGAAGUUUUGAAGAUAUUAAAAGUAUUACAUGAAACCCUUAGUGAAUUAGAGAGUUCGGAAGUAAUCAAGGUAAUUGAAAAAUUAUCGGAAAUUAAUGAACUUGUUUUUCUCAAAAAUGUUCCUGAAAGUAUUCUUCAGUUAAAUCGUGAAAUUCAAACAUUAUUACCACCCAGUAUACGAGAAGAGAAUACUACUAUUUGUAAUGUCAACUUAGAUUCUCUAACAACAAUAUCACAAACUUUGGAUAAUUGGUUGACUGUAAUAGAAAGCCACGAAAUAUCGAAAUACCAAGAUAUUUUACAAGUAUCACCAGAUAAAAUUCAGCUUGUUUCGAAUAGUAUAUCAGAUUUAAAAAUAAAUUUAUCUAAAUUAAACAAUGUUAUUGACGACAGACCAAAUAAAGACCUACAAGUAGCAAUAAAUGCAAAUUAUUUUAACAAAUUGGGUGAAAAUUACAAAAUGUGUCUUAAAGACGCAGUUGAAUUGAAUUUAGUAGAAUAUUUUUAUGUUGAUGAUUUAAAAAGCUUAGAAAAUUCAGUUGAAAACUUUUUGAAAGCCGUAAAUGCACCUGACGCCACUGAUAAUGAUAACAAUAUGAGAAUGGUGUCAGAGAAGCUUUACGAAGAUAUUUUAAAAGUUCAAGAUGAACUUAUUUUCUAUGCAGUUCAACCAUUACAAACAGCUAAACAAGAUUAUGAAAUUCUUAAUAUUGUUAAUGAAUUGGCUAAUAAUUUGACAGUUAUACAGCCACAUGUGACCGAUGUUUCAAAAAUGUUUGAUAUCGAUUAUGAUGUAUAUCAACACUGUGAUAUUUUAAAAGAAACAGACUCUUUGAAAGAUAUGGAAGACGUUAUAAAGACUAGUAUAGAGUUUUUUAAAGACCCAGCCAAAGAAACACCAAUAUCAUCAGAUUUAAAAAAAGUGGAAUUAUUAUUUGAAAAUUGCAAAAGCAGUUUCUCCGUUUUACGUUGUUUACUAAAUCAGCGUCCUAGUCAGAAAAAAAUUAUUCGUUUGGUUCAAGAAUUUUCCGUACUUCAAAAUAAUAUAAUUGAUUUUAAAAACAUUAAAAAUGAUCUUAAUUUAUCUCAAGAUAUACAAACGUGUUUGGAUAAUUUCUUGAUUCAAACAGAAAAAAGCAUUCAAAAUAUCAAAACAUCCUUAAUUAAAAUUGUGUCUUCGGUGUCGAAAACAUUAUUUAAGAAACCGUUAGGAAAUAUUAAAGAAACGUUAGAAUGUAUCUCGAAAUUUUCUUUAGAAAGCAGUCUAAAAGAAUCACAUGAAGUCAUCCAAACUUUCAAAAACAUUCUUCAUGUUGCGCAUACACAUAUGAUUAACUUAGAAGAAGAUGUUUUACAAGAAAUUCAAAACGAGUAUUCCUCUUAUAAAAAAGACAAAGAACAAGACUUAUUAAUAGAAAGCAUAUCCAACUUUAUGGACUUGCUGGAAAUACAGAAAGCUACUACCACAAAUGAAGAUGUGAAAAUAAUUUUAAAUAAGAUGUUAAUUUGCAUUCGCAAACACCAAGACUAUAAAAUCGCUACAGGAACAGUUAAAAAAAUGAUUCUAUUGAAAUGUUUGUCUGAUUGUUCCACGUUUAUGAAUCAAUUAAUUGAACACGAAAGCAAUAAGUUGCUAACCAAAUUGAAUGAUAAUGAGUCUGUAAAAAAUGCCUUAUGUCUAUUGAUGCAACCAUUAGAUAAUUUGCACUUAGAAUUGAAUAAAUUAAAAGAAACAAAGUUAUUGGAACCUUUGGUUCCGAUUGUUCCGGCAGAUACAUUUAACUUGUGUGUACAAACAAUAAAUCAAAUUGGUCAGGCAAUCGAUGAAUACACAACUUCUAAUAGUGCUGAGUUUGACGAUGAAGAUUUAGCUAAGAAAAUCGAUGAUAAGCUAGAUUCAAUUCAGGAAAUUGUACAUACUCUGCAAAGUACACAUGGUUCUGCUUACUUAGCUGAUGUUUUCACAGCCGUAGAAAACACAAAAGAAUGCAUAAGCAGACUUAGUCAGAAUAAAAAAAUGGGUAUUGAACACAAAGUCCCUAAAGAAAAAACAGAGGCACUUCUACAGCAUAUGGAACAAUAUAUAGAAAUAACUGAGAUAAUAGAAGAAAUAUCAGCAAUAAUAAAUGUGAGUGACGUUAAAGAAGCAAAAAAAAUUGCACAAGAACUAAGAGAAAGUAUAGCUUCUUCUGAAAUAAUACCUGAUACAGCUACAGCACAAGUUAAGUAUCACAUUGUAACCGAAGACCAAGAAAAUUUAGUACAGCAGUUACAAAAAUCAUUACUUGAAAUUCAAGAACAAGCAAGUGAGAGUAGUCAUGACCUGUCUGGCCAUAACAAGGAUGUGAAACAACAAGUCAUUGAAGUAAUUAGUCAGUUACAAGAAGAUUUAAAUGUUAUUACGAAUGUGCAGGCACCGAUAGAAUUUUCUGAUAAAAAAAUGGCUGCAAAAGAAUCAAAUAAAAUAGAAAACCUUGAUUCGGUUUCCAUGUUAUAUCCAGAAGAAAAAUGUUCUGGUAUGCAAAAUGAUGAUGUCAUUGACACCGACGAAAUGCGAUCUCAUGGUGAUAUGCCUGAAUCAAACGUACCUCAAAACAAUCAAGCAAUUCAUCUAGAAAAUACUACAUUAAUCGUUACAGACUCUACAGAGAGUUUUGAAGUUAUUCCAGUAAUCCACGGUAAACAGUUAUCAAACAUAUCCGAAAUAGUAAGUGAAGGACACAAAGCCAUUGAACUGUCCACUGAAUCUCAGAGUGAUGAAUACAAAGCAAACAUUGCUGUUCAUCAAAUAGAAGAAGCAAUCAUUGCGAUAAAUAACAUUGAUUUCGAAGAAGCUUCAAUUCAUUCUAAUGAAAUACUUCCCGUAUUUGACAGCAUUUGCCCCAUUUUAGAAGAACUAAAAUGCAAUAUUGCAUCUUUACAGCAUAAUUCCUUAACUGAUGAAUUAAAUACAUCUGUCAUGUCAGAUUUUGAUGUAGAACAAUUUUUCAUCAAGCCGCUUUGUAAACUACAUGAAAAUAUAAUCGUUUUAAAUCAAGUAUUGAUGGAUUCAGUAAAAGAUUCGGUAGAAAAUAUAAAUGAAGCUACAGGAGUUUUCGCAAAACCCCUUCAGGAAUUGCAUAAUACAUUAGAAAUAUUGCAAGAAAAUGUCAUAUCACAAUAUGAAAGUUUGUCAUCGUUGCACGAAAAUGUAAAUAUUGCCACAACAACACAAAUUCUACAAAGUUGUUGUUUAUUAGUACAAGAGCAACAUGAAGUUGAAGCAGUUGAGGAUAUUUCUACUUUAGAUGAACUUUCAGCUUUGAAAACUACAGCUGAUUCAAUUUCCUCCGAAGUAUUAGGAAUAGCAGAAGAGGCAAUGGCAAUUACAAUGGAGUGUGGAGAUAUAGAUAAAGUACAUGAAGAUAAUGAAAAUAAACAGCAAACCUACUCAAGUUCCAUGGACUACAUUGAUAACCAAAUUCAUAAGGAUGUUUCACUUGAAACCAAGACUAAUAUUGAACUACUUGAAAAACAUGACACAGAACAAGAUGACAUUUUGAAAUCUCUCGUCAAUGACCAAUGUAAAUAUACAGAUGAAUCUCUAUGUGAACCGAGUGUACCAGAAUGUACCAUUUUACAUGGCGAUACAACUUUAGAAGAAAAUAAGGAGAAUGCGAAAUUAGAAAUUGAGUCAAAUGACGUUGAAGAUACUAAUUUAAAAAUACCAACAGAAGUAAAGAUGGAUUCCAUGCAGCAAGAAGUAGAUGUUAUGGCAGAUAAAGAAAACACUGAGCAAAACUAUGCUGUGAAUCCUAAUACUACCUUGCACGAUGUUACACUUGAGAUUUGCAACUUAGUUUCCGAACAAAGUCAUGAAAUAUCUGAAGAUAUAAGAAAAUAUGAACUACCUGACAAUAAAAUAGACAGUCCCAAUGAAGAAAUUGUAACGGUAGAGCAACCAAAUCUUGUAAUUGAAAGUAAGCUAAAAGAUGAAUAUGAAAUAUCUACUGAUGCAUCUUCUCCUACAAAAAUCGUACAUGAAAUUAUUGAUGUUAAUACAAAUCAGACUGAAAAUGAUGCUACAGAAAUAUCAGAGAAUAUAGACGCCUCCUUAAAUGUAAAUGAAUUUGAUACAAUUAACCUUAAUUUAGGCGAAUCAGAAACGUUCCAACCUACUACUAUACAAUAUGAAGAAGUAAUACAGAAUAUGGAAACGUUACUAGUUGAACUCAAACAUAAUUUAGAUCUAAGUACUAUAAGCAUAGUAGAUAAUGCUGAUCUGUUACAAAAUUUAUUGGAUGAAUUUCAAAUUGAAGUGAUAAAACUUAAAAGUGAGAAUAAUACCGAAGUAAACGAUGCUCUCACGGAGACUCUAAAUGAUUUAGAGUGUAGUGUGAGAAGUGUUCAGCUUCAAGUAAGUGAGAAGAGUCCACCAGAACAUAUAAUAGAAGCUAGUGCAACAUUACAAUUGUUGGUUUCUACGAUAAAAGAUGUUUUACAUGCUACGGCAAGCAGUGAGAUAGUAGAAGUAAAUGAUAAAAAUAUACUACAAGACUGUGUAGGUGAAACUGAAAAUACAAUAAUAUUAUUGGAUAAAGUUUCAGAUACAAAAAAAGAUGAAGAAGAUAUUUUAAAUAUAAUCAAGAGCCUCAACUCAAUCAGAGAUACAAUUAAAGAGACAAAACAAAGUUUUUCAGUCGAUGAAAAUACUUUAAUUGAUAAAGGUAUAGAUAUUUUACAAAACCUAGAAAUUAUUGAAAAUCAAUUAUUUGCAAUUGAAAAUGAAAUAGAUAAAGUAAAAAACGUUGACAUAACCACGAGAGAUACUAUUAUAACUGCUAUACAUUCAGUUUACAGUAGUAUUUCAAACAUGAGGGGUACGAUAACCAGUAUUCAAAAACGAUACAUUUAUCAAAAUUUUGGAAAACCUUCUGAAAACAUUCUCAAUGCCAUAAAGAACAUUAAUAAUUUAAGCAAAUUAGAUAAAAAACAUAAUUGGAUAGAGGUUAGCAAAUACCUUCGAAAGACACUCAAUCAUUUUGAAGAUGUGAAAUUUUACAUAAAUCUCGAUAAAACCGCUAGAUUACCCAGUGACGCGACGCUUACGAAAGUUGUACUCAAUGAAUUAAAAAUACUUAUAACAGAUAUUAUACUCUCAAAUAUAAUUGAAUUAAAUAUACCUCUGGUUAAUGAAGUUAAUGGAUUAAUAAUAAAAGUUAGUGAAAAAAUUGAUAAAAUAGCUAAUCAGUCAAUUUUAGAAGUUAAAGAUAAAAUACCCAUUUUCAAAGAAAUAUCUUCCGAAGUUUUUGAAGUUUCAAAAAGCCUAAAACAAUAUUACGAAUCUCAUUUUACUGAAGGUAUACCUGCAUCCAACGUAAGUAACAACGAUAUUUUGUCAAAAACAGAGCACGCAUUAAUACUAUCGGAUGUAUUAGAAAAAAAAGAGGUGAGGUUGGAAGAAAAUAAAGAAAAGGAAAUUGCAGAACCAUUAAUAUCAGGAAAUCUGAAUGAAAAUUCAAUGAGUGAAUCUGACGGCGAACAACACUUAAGAGAAAAUGUUCAACCUUUUAUCGUUAGUCUUAUUGACGAAGCCAUAGAUAAAGUGAAGAACUCAAUGGAUUCAGUUAAAACUGGAGUUAAUUUAAACUCAAUUUCUCGUUUAGAUUUAAUGGAUCAAAAUAAUGAAGAAAGAAAUAUACGACCGUUAGAUCCAGAAAAUGAAAUUCUUAAAAUUUCAGAAGUUACAGAAUUGCAGGAUAUUGUAAGUAAUGAUGCAGAAAAUGAAGAUAAUAAAAUAACGAUUGAAAUGGUAAGUUCAGAUUCAACGUUGAAUACUCAAAGGAAUGAAAAUGAACAAACGAUCCAAUUAAGAAUGAAAGAAGAUACAUAUGAAAUUGAGGAAAAUAAUAAUUUACGUAAUGACGAACAAAAUAUUGAUAAAGCUGUCGAAAUAAAACAAAUAACUGUUGAUGAAACUAAUAUACCUAGUCAAAGUUUAGUAAGCGAAAGUAACGAAUCAGCACCAACUUUUAUUAAUUUAGAUAAACAGGAAAGUGAUAAUAAUCAACAGAACAAUUUACCAUCCGAACAAAAUAAAAACGGGAUGAAAACUAUCACAGAUCCUUUAAAAAACGAAAGUAUAAAAAAUGUCGAUGAGAAAGUCGAUACAAGCAUGAAAGAUAAAUACAGUAGCUGUGAAACACAUGAAGAAGAAAAAAAUACAUUGACAGAAGAAAAUCUACACGAUCUCCUGUUAACAUCAGAAGUUAUAUUGGAACCCGAAGAAAAAAAUCCUAUUGAUACAAUUCAAAGCGUAACAGUUGAUGAUAUAGAAUCAAGCCAAUCUGUCGAAGUAAGUGUAAACAAGGAUAUUGACGGCACAGAUAAACAAAUUAAGAAUAAAAUUGAUCUCUUGGUUAUUGAUGAAGCACCUCAAAAUAGUACGUUAUUGAAUAACAGUGAAGAUGAAAACAUGACUAUUGGUAAUGUGAAAUUAAAUGAACAAGAAAAUAUUAAUAAAGAUGAUGAAUUCGUUCAUACUGAUGAACAAACUCAUGACAUACAUUUAUCCAUCGAAAAUGAAUUAGAUGUAAAUGAUAAAACUAGUGCAAUUGAUUUUCGGCCAAAUACAGAAAUAGAUAUUAAAGAAAUAAAUUUAAGUAAAGAAAACCAAAAUGGUGUAGAAACAACAACAAAAACAACUGAUAGCAGAAUCAUAAAGGACAACAUUUUACAAGAAAAUGACAAAGAAAAUUUGAAAGACGUAUCUGAUGCUCAUUCAAAAGAUGUAGCAGAAUCUACCAAAGAACUUGAUGAGUUGCCUUCCUCUUUAGCGCCAGAAGGAAAAAAACACUUAGAUAUUUCUCAAGCACAAAUAACUGAUGAAAAUGUAGCAUUUAUCAAGUCCAGUACUAUUAUUAGUACUGACACCGAUGGUCUGAAGAAGGAGUGCGACAGUGACCUAUUAUCAACCGAUACUCAACAUGAACAAAUCCAAAUAAUAUCAGAAGAAAAUGAAUACGAAGAAAUAUCUGACAAAAUUGUUUGUAGUAGUAAAUUACAACAUGAAGAAGAAACAAAUUUAAAUCUUAGUCGACAUCAAGAAGUUCAAAAAGUUUCAGGAAAUCAAAACAUUCAACUAUCUGCUCAACCUGAAUUCACAGAUGAACGUAAUAUUGAAUCAAUUUGUCCUGAAAUAUCAGACAUACAUACAAGAAAUAUUAAAACUGAUUCUACAGAUGAUAUGACUAACCACGAAAUGUUAAAUAAUAAUAAAUGUAUAGAAUCAACAAUUCAAGACCCAAAAUAUGAUGAAAAUACAAAAACCAUAGUUGUAACCGAUGUCUUAGUAACUGAGUUAUCAAAUUUAAAGCAAACAACACCCGAUGUAGAAGUUAUCUGUGAUUUGGAAAACCCUCGUGAAGAAAGUGUCAUAAAUAAUACAAUUUAUGCAAACACCAAAGAGAAAGAUUUGAUGGAAGAGUCACAUGCAAUAGAUUAUCCUGAGGAUAUUUUUGAUGCUACAAUAGAGACAACAAGUUCUAUUACAAAUAUUAAGGAUCAGAAGACUAGUAUGAAAACGGUUAAAAUGAGCAAUGAAGAAAUGGAAUUUGAAAAAAGUCAAAGAAAGGAAAAGGAAUCUGAAAAUGGGAACAACAGCGUUAAUAAGAUAAAUGACUCAAUUGAUGUAAAUAACAUGUAUGGUGAAACAUUACCACAAAACAUAUUGAAAGCAGAUGAAGAUAAGUCAAACAUAACUGAUGCUGAUAACGUUUUAGCUGCAAUAAACAGAGAAAAAGAAAAGAGCAUCGAAUUACAAGUUAAAAAAAAAGAAGAUGAAAAUUUAAAAGAUACGUCAUCUGGUUCUAACAUUCAUCUUCGAGAUGUGGAUAUGCAAUCCGAGUUAAAACAAAAUGAUGAUAGUAAUAAAACUGAAGAUCAUUUAGAAGAAACAUUAAAAGAUCAUAAAUUUAAACGAGGCAAAGAAAAGACCGAAGUAGCAAUCGAUGCUCAUAGUGUUUUGACUGCAGCAAAUAAAGAAAAAGAAAACAUUAUUGAAUUACAAGCUGAUGAAACUGAAGAUAAAACUUUAAAAGCUGCCUCAUCUGAUCAUAACAACAAAACUGGAAUUCAAGAAUUGUCUCAUUUGGAAGAAACAAUUAAUGAUAAUAAACUUAAACAAGAUAAAGACAAUGCCAAUAAAACGAAUGAUGCUGAUGAAGUUUUUUCUGUAACAAAUAACGAAAAAGAAAACCUGAGUGAAUUACAAGUUAAAGCUGAACAUGAAACUUUAAAAAUUGCGUCACAAGAAGAUACUUUUGUCGACGGUACUACAGCUAUGGAUUUGCAAUAUCAAAAAGUAUUACAACAAGAUGAUGAUACUAAUAGAACUAGUAAUGGUUCAACUAUGGUUGAGGGUCACGAAUUAUCUCAUGUACAGGAAACACUAAAAAGUGAUAAUUCGGAAGCAGAUAUAAACAAGAUAGAAAAAACUUACGAUGCUGAUGGUGUUUUAACUGCGACAAAUAAGGAAAAAGAAAACAUGAUCCCACUACGCAUUCACGCAUCUGAAGAAGAAACUGCAAAAAUCGAGUCACAAGAAGAUGUUGCUCAGGUCAACACUAUAGCUGUGAAUGUGCAAUCUCAAAUAGAUUUGCAACAACAUGAAAAUGAUAAUAAAGCUGACGAUCAAGACUUAACAUCUCAUUCAAAAGAAAAUCAGAUAAUUGAAUCUCUACAAAAUAAAAUAUCGAGUACAGACCAAGAUACCACAUCACGUAAUAGCUCACAUGAAGCACAAAAAAUAGAUGAAGAAAUUAACAAACCUAUAAAACAAAGUGGUGAUAAUCAAAAGACUGACAACGAAAACUUAAAAACUAAAACAAAACCAAAAGACAAACGAAAAGGUAGAGACAAAAAAGACGGAACGGUUAAAGAAAUUAAUGAAAAUGUAAUUAAGAAAGACAGCAUCGAUCCUAAUCAGGAUUCAGAAAGUGUAGUUACUAGUAAAUUUUUAAACAACAAUGAUACAGAUAAUGUACUUAAAGAUAUUCCGAACUCUGAAAAGGUGGAAUUAAAAGAGACACAUAAAAUAAAUAAUUCUGUUACAGAAGACCAAACAAAUUUGGUCAAAAACCCCGACGAUAAUAACGUUGUAUCAUUAAAUGAAAAUCAGACAUUAGAAAUGGAAAAGCAAGAAUAUUCCAGUGAUAAAAACAAAGUUACCAUUGAACAAAAGGCUGAAGAAAGUAUUGAAGUAGCAGUGGAACUCAAAAAUGAAAAAAAUGAAACAGAAAAGGAUGAUGGAAAAAAUAAAUCUAAGAGCGACAAAAAGAGAUCAUCGUUAGAGAAAAAAGAUAACCAAAAGAAAUUAAAAUUAAAACAAAAAGAAGUAGUUUCACCAAUUGAGACACAAAAUAAUAUUAAUGAUUCAAAAACAGACAAUGACAGUUCUCAAAUGAUAUCAUGCCAAUAUAAAAAUGAAACGUAUGAACAAAAAAAUACAGAAGAAAAAGGGAAAAAUUAUGAGGUAAAAGAAAUAGAUAUUUGUGAACAGAACCAACGUUCGAGAGAAAUCAAACAAAAUGCAGGUGAAACAUUCGUUAUGGCCGAUAUAUGCCAGAUGCAUGCCAGAUCUAACGAAGAUGACCAAACUUCUUUUAUAGAUAAUCAGAAAUAUGUUAUCAGAGACAAACCUAUAUUCAAUGAACCAAAUUUAGUAGAUCCAAGUAUGGAAUUUAGCAGACCGCCUACUUAUGUGGGAAAGCCGUACGAUUCUGACAAUAAUAAAUUACUACCAGAAGUCAAUACAUACAGCUCGACCUCGAAGGUGUUCUAUAAAGCACAAAGUCUUGUUAGAGACCACCAAUUAAGAUCACCUAGUAUCAUGGAUAAUGAUAAUAAAUCGGAUUCAAGAGAUAAAUCUGAAAUGCGUUUAAAAUCAAAAGCCAUGAGUGAAACGAGAACUGUUUCUGAGAAACGGGUUGGAUCUUCGCGAGACUUAAAGAGAAAACCUGUAUUUUCAACACAUUUGACAAAUAGAACUGCUGUGGAAGGAUCGAGAGUAAAACUCACUUGCAGUGUCCUCUCUUCGACUGAACCUGUAUUGAAGUGGUACAAAAAUGGAGUUCCACUAGAUGAUAAACAAAAAUAUAAAAUAAAAUUUACUGAUGGACUUAUAACAAUGGAAUUGCUUAAUGCAAUUCCAAGUGAUUCUGGCGACUAUAGUUGUACAGUUGAAAAUGAGCACGGAUCUGUAACUACUUCUGCAAAAUUAAAAGUUUAUCCGAGUUUCGAGCCUUCACCCAUACCACCAACAUUUACACGUUCAAUACGAGACGUCUAUCAUUUUGCUGAGAAUGAACUUGUUCUGGAAUGCCGAAUAAGGGGCCAACCCCUUCCUACGAUUACAUGGAUCAAGGAUAACCAGCCUAUAGGUGCUGAUUCACGAUUUGAAGCCGCAUAUUUAGCAGAUGGCUUGUGUAGACUCACUAUCAGUAAUCCAACCGCGGAAGACAGUGGAACGUACACAUGCAAAGCUGAAAGCUCUAUGUGGACCGAUCAGAUAACGCAUGUGGUACAAUUUUCUGGUAAGGAAAGCCGUGUUAGUCCGCAUUUAUCAAAUGUUGAUAAGUCACGCCACAUUCCAGACACACGUCGACCCCACUUUACAAAUGUUUUAAGUGAUUAUAAAGUAGUGAAGGGCGGUACUAUAGGUUUGCAAGUAGAAAUAGGCGGUGCACCAACAAGAGUAGAAUGGCUACGGGAAGGCUCAUGUGUAACAGAACUUUAUAGAAACGCACAGACUUUUGUCGAUCAUGGAAUAUAUACACUAGCCUUAUCCGAUGUGACUGAAAAACAUUCCGGAUUGUACACGUGUAGAGCGUGGAGUACUCAUGGAAACGUGGACAUGAAUGCGGAUAUAACAGUGGUUCAGCCGAGCGAGGUGGAAGGGAAACCCGCUGUCAUAGUCAGCCGACCCGCAAAAGACGUACUGAUUUCUAUAGGAGAAGACAUAAACAUUUCAUUCAGAGUUCAAGGAGAGCCUAGACCCAAAGUUAUGUUCAUGAAGGGAAUCCGUGACAUAACAAACAGUCAACGUGUCUGCAAAAUGACGUCCGAUGAUUACGUCAAGUUUACCUUAAAGAGGUCGGUAAUAUCCGACGCGGGAACUUACUGUGUCCUAGCAAGGAAUGCGUAUGGUUGUGACAGAGCGUUCAUAACAGUAGUUGUAAGACAACGUGCAUCUUCUGAAAACCUCAUAUCCGAUUGGACUUACCCCAUGGACGAUCAAGCAAUUGUUGCAUCUGAUCGAAAAUAUAAGUCCGUGCCCGGACGCAUACCAGGAGAGCCGAGUGCAGUAGACGGUGGCAACAAUUGGUUGACCCUUGCGUGGCCUAAGCCAGAUCCUAAUGCCGCGGCGCCAGUCCUAGCUUACAGAGUAGAUUCUUGGCUCCUUGGUAAAGACGGAGGAGCUCGUUGGGUGGAAAUGGGGAUAACACCUCGAAACACUUUCGAUGCUUUCAAUUUAAAGCAAGGCGAAGAAUAUCACUUCAGAGUUACCCCAAGGAACAGAUACGGAUGGGGCGAACCGGUGCAGACAACUGUUCCAGUCGGAGUGGGCAUAUCUGGUGACAGACCAGAGUUUAUCGACAUCCUGCCUGGAUUACUGAAAGUAUUAGUUGGUGAAACUGCUAAUUUAAGUUGCAGUUUCAAAGGAAAACCAACACCAGAAAUAGUGUGGAUGAAGAACGGUCAUGAGAUUGAAGAAACGAACAGACUUCGAAGCUUACAAAGUGGGAAUGUUUGUUCGUUAAAAAUUCAAGAUGUGAAAAUUGAAGAUGAGGGUCGCUAUAGUUGUGAAGCGACCAACGUCCACGGUCGCGCCUCAACUUACGCGAGAAUGACUGUUAUAACUGAUAGACAGAUAUGGGAGGCUGAUGCGAAACUUAAAAGGGAAAGGUCAGCAGAUGCGGAAGGUGAAUACCCUCCUCAGUUCACAAUGCGUCUGAGAGACAGACGUGUACAGGCGACAUACCCAGUUCGUUUGACUUGCCAAGUUAUUGGUAGUCCGGCGCCAAAUGUUACUUGGUUCAAAGAUGGUCAGGAAGUGGUACUCGACAGUCGACGAGUAAAAUACCAAGACGAACAUUUCCACACAUUGGAGAUUGCUCCCACCACACUAGACGAUGGUGGUGUGUAUGAAGCAUUGGCCAGGAAUGGCAGCGGAGCUAUCAGCUGUCGCUGCAGUCUUGUUGUUGAUAAGGGUAUUAGAGCAUAUGUCGCUCCAGACUUCUGCUGUGGUCUGGAACCUUCUUAUCGGCUGAAUGAAGGAGAGGAACUUCGUAUUUCCGCAAUAGUAGAAGCGUAUCCCUCAGUGGGUGUGACUUGGUACAGAGAUGGGGUCCGCCUCAGACCAAGUCGUAAAACGGUCAUGACUCUGAAUAGGGACGGGCAAAUAGAACUAGCUCUGGCCUCCGUCACUUCUCGCGAUGCUGGAGUGUAUACUUGCACGGCCUCUAAUGAAGUGGGACAAGCCUCUACAUCCGGUAAAGUGGAAAUCGUGACGGGAGACCGGCAGGAUCAAAGGUCGCUGCCAACUGUCAUUUGUCCGGAUGUUCCGUACUCAAAGGAACCGAUGUUCUUAAAAAAGCCCAGGUCCACAGAAGCUCAUGAAGGAGACACAGUCAUAAUAGAGUGCGAAGUUAUAGGCGAUCCCACUCCUGAUGUGUAUUGGUUGCGUGAUUUCUUGAAGCCGGACUACUAUCGCGACGCUAACCAUUUCAAGCAAAUGGCAGCCGGUCCAGUCUACCGCUUCGAAAUCCCUCACGCUAAGCUGGACUAUACCGGUGCCUACUCUGUCGUCGCUAGAAAUGUCCACGGCGAGGCCAAGGCAAUUAUAUCGCUGCAGAUUUUCGCUAAGGAUCUGAGGUCCAGCGAUGAUACACACAACAUAAGAUACGGACGCGUAGAAGUAAUACCGCGCUUCGAGAAGGAGCUGACGGAUCUCCUGUGCUACGACGGAGACGCCGUGGAGUUCGAGUGCAGAGUGUCCGGCAAUCCGGAGCCGGAUAUACGGUGGUUCCACUACAGUGAGGUUCUACCAGAAUGUGCAGACUUCGAAACCACCUUCGAAGUUGGAACUGCAAGGCUCAAGAUAAAGCAAGUGGCGGCUGAAGACGAAGGCACGUACACCUGCGAAGCGUCUAAUAACCUGGGAAAAGCCACUUCCAAAGCGUGUCUCGUUGUGUACCCGCCGGGCGAGCCGAACACGCUGAGCCAACGGCUGCAGCGCCCCCCCGCGCUCUCCUCCGCCGCGUCCACCCCGCGCUCCACGCCGCGCACCACGCCCGCGCGAUCUGUUUCGCGCACCCCUGGUCCAGAAGUUCGAAAGCUGCGCAGUCCGACUCGCGAGAUAGCACCCAAAUUUUACACUUAUCCUUUCAACAAAGUGGUCGAAGAAGGUGAAUCUGUGGUAUUCCAGUGUGCGGUCGGAGGUCUGCCGCCACCCUGGGCCACAUGGGACAAAGACGGCAUCAUCAUAACGCCGACCUCUCGCAUCAGUAUCAAGGAAAAAGACGAAAUGCUGAGGAUACUCCAAAUCGAUGAAGUCACAAUCGAAGACGUCGGUCUGUACAGAAUAACCCUUGAAAAUGAGUACGGCAGAGUGGAAGCGUCAGCGAGACUGGAAGUGAUAUCACACAAAGGGAAGUUCUACGCCGGCGGCCGGUCCUGCAGCGCUUCGCCCAGAAGAAUGAUGAGCUACAACAGACGGACACCUUCUUACUCGAGACAAGACUGAAUCGAAGAUGGGAAUGAAUGAGUCGGCCGUGGACUUGACGAUUAGUUCGAAGGUGCCGCGUGCGUGAGAAAUUUAUUUUCGCAUUUGUGUUUUAUUUAUGAACAUUGUAUAAAUAUUUACCGAUUCGUUUUCUGAACCGCCAUAUAUCGUGUUAUGUCCUGUUGCUUAGUUUGUCUAAUUGUUCAUGUUAUAUACUUUAUAAAUAUUUAUGAUUUAUCAUGCACUGACGUUGUCGAUGAUUCCAAAAAUAGGUAAUUGUUUUAUACACCGUUAGAAAAUAUAUAUAACUGAGUUGUUUAAUUGUUUUGUUAGACAUAGUUGAAGAGCUCUCCCAGGGGUUUGUGAAAUAUAUUGUAUUGCAAGUUA